AUGCCCAAGCCAGGUCCAGCCAGUCGCAACAGCAUUGCCAACCUCAUGCGUCUCUCGCAUGUGGCCGGCUGCCCCUGCCACGGCUGUUCGGUCGCCCGCGGUGGUGCCAACCUUGCUCGCGCCGGUCUCAACAUGAUCUCCAAACACAACGCUCAACCAGGUGCCAACUCGCGUGGAUACGCUACGCCCGUCGACAACCUCGUGCAAAAGGAGUACGCUUUCGAACUCGCCGCUUCCAACGUCCGAUUCGGUGAAGGCGUCACCAACGAAGUCGGCAUGGAUUUCGCCAACAUGAAGGCACGCAAGGUCGGCGUGUUUACCGACACCACGGUGCGCAACCUGACCGCGAUGAAGCAGAGCAUCGAAGGACUCGAAAAGGCCGGCGUCAAGUACGAGAUCUUCGACAAGGUCAGGGUGGAACCCAACGAGCAGUCGUGGCAGGAGGCCAUCAAGUUUGCGAGAGAGCAAGACUUUUCGCACUUUUUGGCCGUCGGUGGUGGAAGUGUUAUGGAUACGUGCAAGGUGGCGAAUCUAUUCACGUGCUAUCCAGAUGCGGAUCUGUUGGAGUUUGUCAAUGCUCCGAUCGGACGAGGUACGCCCAUCGACAAGGUGCUCCGACCUCUGCUGUGCGUGCCCACCACCGCCGGUACCGGCUCCGAGACCACGGGUACCGCCAUUUUCGAUCACACCGCUACCGAGUCUAAGACGGGCAUCGCUUCGCGUGCGCUUCGACCUCUGCUGGGUAUCGUCGACCCGCUCAACACGGAGACCUGCCCUACCGCGGUCCACGUCAGCGCGGGACUGGACGUGCUCUUCCACGCACUCGAGAGCUACACGGCGAUCCCGUACAACGAGCGCACGCCUCGACCCGCCAACCCAAUCCAGCGACCCGCCUACCAGGGUCGCAACCCCAUCUCGGAUGUCUUUUCGCUCUGGGCGCUCAAGCAGACGGUCAAGUACCUACCACGCGUCGCGCGCGAUCGCACCGACUCGGAAGCGCGCGGCCAGAUGCUCCUCGCCGCCACCUUUGCUGGCAUUGGGUUUGGCAAUGCCGGAGUUCAUCUGUGUCACGGAAUGUCGUACCCUAUCUCGGGGCUCAACAAGAAGUUUGGCAAGUACCAGCACCCAGGCUACGAGGUCGACCAUCCGAUUGUACCCCACGGCGUCUCUGUAGCGCUCACCGGUCCCGCCGUCUUUGACUUCACCGCUCCGUCGGCUCCCGACCGUCACCGCGAAGUGGCUGCCAUCUUUGAUGGGUACCAGAACGGCAGCGAGAGCACCGACAUUGCUCGCCUGCCCGAUGCAGAGGUUGGUUCGUUGGUGUACGACAGGAUCGCCCGGUUUUUGGCUGAGCUGGGCGUGCCGAGAGGUUUGGAGAAGAUCGGAUACAAGCAGGAGCACGUCGAGGCGCUGGUCAAGGGUACCAUCCCGCAGAGGAGGGUGUUGGAUCUGGCUCCUGGUAUCGGCGAUGUUCUGGGCGCUGAUGGGCACGAACACCUCGCUAGGAUCCUCGAAAAGUCCCACGCGAAGCCACUUUUCCGUGUGGAGGAACCGCAUUUUGCGGAGAAGAAGCAGCAGCCGCCUUUCAGCUCGAAAUUCACAUCACACACCUUCCAGAGCCGACAUACGUUUCCUCCAUCCACCUCUUCCUCCUCCCUCCAUCCGCACCACCAUCACCAACCCACCGCCGCCAUGUCGUCUCCCAUCUACUCGCUGCCAUUUGCCAAAGACAUUAUCUCCGCCAUCACUGGAGGCAAAGACCCGCUCUACAACCUCUCCUGGGCCAGCGUACCGCUCUCGCUCCUGCUCGCAGCGCUGCCGCACUGGUACACGAUCUACCUCGCCGAACACAACAAAAUCCAAGGCGGAUGGUCCAACGUCAACCCGCGCUUCUGGGUGCAGUCGCUCAUCGCAAAGGGUCAGACCAAGAAGCUCUCGGCGCUCGAGCUCAAGAUCCUCCGCGGCCAGAGCUGCCAGGCCAACGCGUUCGAGAAUGUCCCUCUGUUUGCUGUGACGCUGCUGUGGGCCAACUAUACCGGAUUGGACUUGGGCAUCAUCAACAGGUUUGUCGUCGGCUAUUUGGUGACCAGGACGAUCUACACGCUGUUGUACCUCAACACGACUGGGUAUGCCAACAGUUUUGCUAGAACCGUCGUUUUCAACCUGGGCAUCGCGUGGAUCGUCACGGUCUGGUUCAAGGGCGCUUUCAAGAUCAGCCCUACUCUCAAGUGA